GUUGUGGCAAAGCAAUUACGAUAGCUCAUAAAGAUCAGACGUGAUUUUCAAUCCUGCGUUACAAUAUAACUAAUACAUUAAGCUUGCAACAUUUUAGAACAUGAUUUUAUAGUUGCAUUAUUAUAUUCAAUAUAAAGUAUCUAUAAUUUAAAUUACUGAAAGCUAAAAAGUGUAACAAAGAUAUAAAUAUAAGAUAAAAAUGACUGACAAUUCAUCGCAAACUGUGGAAACUGUAUUAGGACCUAUACCAAUAAGCGAGCUUGGCGAAACAUUAACGCAUGAGCAUCUAGGCUCCUGCUUUUACAAAAGAAAUAAAUUUUUAAGAUCUCCUUAUCUUAAUACAAAAUGUAUAUCUCUGAGUAAUAUCCAAGCUCUUGACUUUGAUCCGUAUCACAAUAUUUAUAACAUAAAUCUUAAUGACGAUGACGCGGUGAGAAAUUUUGUCUUUUGAAGUAUCGUUAUUCAAACGGAAUCGUGGCAAAACUAUUGUGAACACCAGCAGCUUUUAUAACACCGAUCAUUACACCGAUUUGUUUCUGUUGAGAACACUUAGCAAGAUGACUGGAGUUAACGUGAUUGUAGGAUCAGUCGUUGCUGAUUCGCCAAAAUCACAAAACAGUUUUCAGGAACAUAUUUAUAAUGAGUUGAAGCGUAGCUUGAUAGAAGGUAACAGGUUCUUCACUGUGGAUGAAAGUCCCAUAAUAAAAUCAGCAUUUAUCGGAGAAACGCCCUGUUAUAACUAUGAUGAAGCAAUGGCUAUGCAAUUAACAGAAAAUGAGAAGAUAUUUCUUUCUAUGACUGGCCAAGUACAAAAUGAAUUGCAUUGUCCCGUGACUCUUUACCCAGCGAACAAUUCAUCAUUACCUGAAGAAAUAAUGCGGAUUUAUCAAGAGGCCGGUGGCGAUUCUAGCAAGGCUAUCAUGUCUCACGUCGAUUUGGCUUUCUCCAAAAAACAAAAAUUUAUGGAAUUUGUGGACGAUACCAAUUGUUACCUUGAAUUUUCUUUGUUUGGCAAUCCGUCUUCCCUCGAAAUUGGUAACGAUAUACUGUCAGAUGCGCAGCGCAUUAAGCGUAUCAAACGAUUGAAGGAAGAAGGAAAACUGAAUCGAGUUCUCAUGAGUCACGAUAUUCACACUAAAAAUCGAUUGGUGUCAUACGGCGGUCUAGGACUUGGUCAUAUUUCGAAAAUAUCUUGCCACUUAUGCUAAAAGAGGUAUUCAUAUAAACGACAUUAAAAUAAUAAUGAUUGAAAAUCCCAAAAACUGGCUUAGCUAUGAUCAGACGCUUAAGGAAUAAGAACGCACAUAAGAAUACAUAAAUAUACACUUAUGCGAGAUAUCACAUUUUAUACGAAACAUGAUAAAGCAACGAAGAGAAUGUUUGGAGAGUUUUAACAAAUUACAGACUGUAGAAAUUUAUUUUUACUACAAUUGUCAUUCUAAUCACGGACACAAUAUUCUAAAUAUAAAGCAAUACGAAAUUUGUGUUUUACUUUUGUAAAA